AUGGCACCAUGGCCUGUUUUACGACGCUUACAAUCUCCGGGUGCUUGCGCAGACCGUCAAGGUUUCCCACACGCGGUGCCGAACGAGGCGCCUUAUUUCCAAUCAUGCCAAGGUUUUACAACCACGACGAAUAGCAAUUAUUCUCUUCCUUGGCAGGGUACGCUCAUUCCCUACUGGUCAACCUUUGAUCCAUCAACAUGGCCAUCUCAACACUUUGACGCAACGACAGCCAAGAGCAUUGUACAACAAGAACACCUUGAUAUUAGCAAUUCCCCCACCCUGUCCUCGAAAAAGAAAACGCCAAUUGGUGCUAUCGUUAGUGGUGUUGUGGGAGGAGUCGUUGUCAUUGUAUUGGCUGUUGGUAUCGGUCUUUUCAUGUGCAGACGACGAGCUCCUAAGCAGCAGCCGGUUUUUCCACCUUCAACCAUUGGGCAGUCCGCCCACUUCCGAUCACCCUCUGAUAUGACCAUGGCAUCGACUGGCUCACUGGGCUACACAACCUUAUCAUCAUCGCUAGCUCACCCUGUAGAGCGAAGUGGAACUGUCCGCACUCACAAUACCAGUGCACAUCCGCUGUCGUACUUCGGUUCGCCCGUCACUGCUGUUCCCCGCACCACGCUACCAGCCCACGACAAACGUCACCAAACCCUUCAAAUCCGGAAGAUAUUAUUGUCCCAUUCCACAUUCCACCUGGAGGCUGGCGCCCUCACAAACCCGCCUCUUGGGGAUAGGAAGAAGCCAAAUGGGUCUUACCCCGUUUAUGACGCACCUACCGCUCCCCCUAUCAGCAUCCAAAGUCGGACAGAGCCAUCAAUCGGAAGCUCACGGAGGGCGCGCGUUUAA